GCAACUGAAAAGUACCAAUGUAAUUAUGUAAAAGAAGAAAAAACGAACGAAUACGAGCGAACGAACUUGAAUUUCCAAUAACCAAAUAUAUUUUCAUUGAACUUAAGCUACGCAAGUGGAAGAUUUUCGUUGUCGUCACUUUUUUCUAAAACACACAUUAAUUUUGAAAAAUAACCAAAAUGAUGUUAAACGAUGCAACAUUUCUAAGAAUAAUAAAUAACCUCUUUAUAUAAACUGAUAAAUGUCUGAUAUAAUCCAAUACCACAUAUUCUGUACAUUGUACUUAGUUGUCCUAAAUCGAAGGUUUUCUUACGCUAACCUACUGGAACGUCACUUAAUACUUUAUAAAUAAAGUCUUAAAUGUUCCGGUAUUACAUAGCAUAAAUUAAAAAUGCCAACAAAUGAAAGAAUAAUAUUCUUAAAUCAUAGUUGAAUUAUUCUUGAGUACACUUGCCAUUAAAAUGUACAAAAUUUCAGUGAUAAUACACGACCAAUUUUAAACUGUGUUUAGACAUUUGAAUGUAUCGAUGAACAAUCGAUGAUCGUUCAUUUCCUCAUCAUACAAUAUAUUUUUGAAACUAAAAAGGAGCCACUUACUAAAGCACAUUUAAAUCAGCAUCAGAAAUGCAGUGGCGCCGCCAACGAAGAAUUUCCCAUGUCAUUGGCUCUUCCAAUCAUGCUCUACUUAUAGCACGGUACCAAGAUGCACCUCCAGGAGAAGAAGACGAAGAAGAUGAUAUCCACAAUGGAUAUCAGACAGAGAAUAGAAAUGGAUCUGCAAGGGGUGAGCGAAAUAUGCAAGGAGGGUAUUCAUCUUACAAACGCACCAGGCCAUAUAACAAUACUACAAAUACGUAUGGUUACGGAUAUGGGUCACUAUACAAUGGUCAAUCCAAGUCUGCGCAAUCUAAGAAUGACGAUGAUCCAACAAAACCGAAAAUUGUGUUCAACGAAGAGGAAUACAUGAGAAUAACGACGCCUCGGCAGGAUGUUCUUUUCAAAAAAGGUUACCUUUCUCGCAAGAAACCUUUGGCUAGUACUGCAAGUACGAGUGCAACCAGCGCCACCACCACUCCAUCUACCAAUGACAGCCAGUCUGCAGCACAUUCCACUGCUGAUGGUAGCGAGACGGCAGAGGACCAGCAAUUGCUGGAUGGUAGCAACGGAGGCAACUUUGCCAUUGUACCAGAAGCAGCGGCCCAAUUUGCAUAUGGAGGUUUCUAUGACCAAGUCACUGGAUAUUACUACGAAUAUCCAGUUAUGUUAGUCGGUCCUCCUGUUCCUGGAAAUCCCACUCCUAAUGUACUUGCUGCGAUGUCAUGUGGGCCCGUUCCACUUAGACCUGUGGAAUGGUUUAACCCUCAGUACAUGCCAGAGUCUUUACAAGAACAACAUCCUCCUUCACAUUCGACGGACUCUCAGGCAGGAAGCUGUGGGUCAUCUGUAUCAAUGGACGAAGUUGGGGGUGCUGCAGCGCCUGCAAGCGUAGAACUCGUUAGUACUUGUGAGAACAGAGAUGAAGAAGUAGCACAAGAAGUGCAAGAUUCAGAAGUCCUCAUUGUUGACGAAACAACAACUGAAUGUGUACCGCCUGCUCAAGUCAUACCACAGAUAGUACCACAUAUGCAUAUACCGCCACAGCAUUACGUAUAUCCAGGUCAUUUUAUGUUUGGCCCACCGAUGGUCAAUAUGAAUGGUGUAACGAUACAAAACGGUGCCAUUGUUCCCAGUGAAGCACUAUGGGCCAAGCGAAGGAAGAAGAAGAAAAGGAGAAAGCAAAGACGUCCUCUUGCAGUUGGUAAUACGGAAGAUGAGGAAGAGGAGUACAGCUCAGAAUGGGAAUCUGGUUCUAAUUGGUCUCAACCUGCUUGGUCUACAAGUACAGUGACUGCAGCACCAAAUGAUUUUGUGAUCUCCAAGCCGCUCAAUCCUGAAGUUCAAGAGUUUCAGUUCAGGACCGCAUUACCUGUUGUGUCUGACGCACCUGAUGUUAAAACACCUAAUUUGGAGAACGCUGAAUCGCCUUCCUUGCCACAUCCUGCAGAAACAGGAGUGGAAAAAUGUGAAGUAACAAAGACAGAGAAUGAGGAUAGGCGUAUUUCAGUUGACAAUAUAAAUCUAACCAAUUUAGACGAUGGAAUUUCAGGACGUCAAACAUUAAGUGAAAUUACAGUGGAAAAUGGAAGGGUAAAAGAUACUGAAAACAUUCGCGAAACUGUAUUAAAUAUCAUUGAGAAAGAAACGAAUUCAUCAGAUUGUAAAGGGACAUCACUGACAGAGAAGAUUGGAGAAGUAGUUAAGGGAGAUCAUAAGACAGCAUCGGUUGCUUCUGAAGAGGACGUAAAAAAUCUGCAAUCUUCGUUAUCGAAUGAGACUACAAUUUUAAAAAACCAAAAGCCAUUUGGUGAAAAUCGUCCUACUGCUGAAAAUGGUGUCAAGAUUAAGGCAUCAAACAGGGUUGAGCAUGAAAAUAACAUCAAUAAUCUAAGUAACAUUGAAUCUGAACCUGUAGUAUCAAAUAGUCCUACAGCAGAAAGCGUUGUUGAAUCAUUAACGAGUUACACAGAUUCGUGCGAAGAUACAGAAAGGAAUGGAAUCAGCAACAAUGCUAACUUGUCGAUCGAAGAAAAUGAUAAGAAAUCUGAUAUUUCCCAGCAGAAAACUCUGAACGAAACUACAAGAACAAAUGGUCAAAAUAUAAAGUCAGUUACGUUAGACUCGAAUCAAUCUAAAUCAAGUCUUGUUUCUAAUGGUAAAAAAGUUGAAAGUGAACUGACAAACAAAAAAAAUGGAAAUAAGAAUGUGAAGAAGGGUAAAACCAAAGCAAUGGAUGCAAGAAAGCCCGCUCGCAACAAGCGUGAGUCAAGAAAUCCUCAGCGGAAUGAUUCAGCAUCAACUGCAGUAUCUAGAGAAUUGUUGCAGGACAGAGAGAGAUCAGUUUCUCCUGACACCAGGCAAGCCUUGGAUUUGGAGAAUUCAGCGUCGCAAUUGCCUGCUAGAAAGCCAAGUUCAAGGCCAACCAGUCCAGAAAUCAAUCAAACAACGACUCCAAUAAACGCCGAAACUCACAGACUGCCAGAAAGCUAUGAAUCUUUAGUCACCCGAUCGUCCCCUCAUUCAGUUACCCCCUCUCCACCUCUCACUGGUGCACCAGUUGCACCACCUAGGAGAAAAUAUAGUGCCAAAGGGUUGAAAUUUGUGAGAGAACCUACACCUGGACCAGAUUUAGAUACUGACGUUAAAUCUGACAAUGAAGAGGGUAGCAAGGUUGAUGAUAAUUUGAGAUUACAAGAUGAUAAGGUUGAAAGUAUAUCUGUUGAUCAGGUGGUCCCGAUUGCUGAAGUUCCCAGUAAUACUAUUUCACAGAUUGACAUCAAAGAUGAGAGUGUAGACGUACCUGCCCAAGGAUCUUCUACUAAAAAUGAUCAUACAAACGAAAACAAUAACAAGAAUCCCGUUUCCAGGAUAGAUAGCCACUCCAAAACACAAAAAGCACAUGAUAUGCAUCAGAAAGUUGAUUUCCCAUUAGACACAGAUUUUGAACCAAAGGUUAUUUUGAACAGGCCUGGUACUUCUGUGGAAGGGAACGUGAUUGGCACGAGUUCCAUUGGUGUUGACUCUCUGGGCGAUGCUGAUGCUGACACACAGGAAGUGAACGCUGCAUCUAAACGGUCUGAUCAUCCUAUAACCGAUGCUGUUGCCGCGUGGUUGGAAAGAACGAAGUCACCAGAAAUAUUCAGAGUACCGAUGCCUAUAUCUGAUUCUGAUGAUUCCGACUUAUCAGAAACAGAAAUAUAUGAUGGCGAUCCAAACAAGCAGCCGUCAAAAAACUUGCAAGGCAACCCCAUGCCUGCACUAUCUGUUAGUAACGGAUCGAUCGAUAACUGUAGAAGAACGCGAUCGAACGUUGUUACUAGUGAUACUAUUACAAAGACUGACACUUUUGAUACUUCAAAAUCCAUCAAAAGGAGAAGAGAAAAAGACAUUAAAAAUAUAGAACAUAUUUCUCCAACGAGUGAAGCUAAGACAAGCAUAGAAGAGACUUCAAGGAGUGUCAGGGUUUGUGACUUUAUCAUUAAGGGUAGCGCUGCUGGCAUGAGGGUUGCCGAAAAAUCUCGGGUGGAUUUGAACAGACUAAGCACAGAAAAGAAACGAUUAAAAGACAAUACGAAGACAAGUUAUAUUGAGAAUAUUGAAAUGAAAAUCAAGAAUAACACUAGAUUUAACGAUGACAUCACUGAAGACGGAAUUGAGGUGUUGGAAAAUUUCAAAACUUACGAACGAGGGGAAAUCAUGGUAUUAGAUGGGAAACUAUUGACUGGUACUGUGCACGAAGCAACCUGUUCGGAAAAAAGUAACCUACAGGAUCCGACAAUUAUUGAAGAAGUGAGAGAGUCAAAUAACAAUAAACGAGAAACUGCCAAGAAUCAUGCAAGAUCUAUAGAUUUAAAUAAACCGAUUAACAUAAAUCGCAAUAGCGAACAUGAAAUGAGUCCCGAAGAAACGUUAAAUUCUCUUGGUAGCAUCGAAGAACCGGACGUACUGGAAUGUUGGGAGACAGAAAUAAUGGAACCUGUUGUAACAUUAAAAAAUAACAGCCAAAUGAAACUUCAAAUCAAUGGUAAAGUCCAUGAAGGAGAAGCGACGGAAGAUGAAAAUUACGAUAAUUACAGUGACUCUACAAACAGAGAACAUGUGAAGAAGUAUUAUAGACUCGCGAGGGAGUACACACUAAGUAUCGAAGAUGAACUAAGCGAACGUGCGUUGAAGCAAAUGAACAGUAAUAACAUCAGCUCAAAUUCAAAUUCGCCCAAGAGAACAACGCCAAAUACCCCAGAGCGUAUGAUCGAAUGUUUAUGUAGUGAAGAGAUACCGAUUAUUGUACCACUUCCUAAAUCGACACUAACUAAAGCAAACAAGGUUGUGAAAGAUGGAAUGCAAAAUGAAACUGUCGACGAAGCAUUUGAAGUAUAUGAGAGCUGUUAUACAGGAAAGACAAGAUUGGCUGGUCUAUCUCAGCUAAAUGUUGAGGGAUCGAAGAUUCCCCUUCAGAAUCAAGAGGGACCCAUACCAUGUAAAGCGGUAUGUUGCAAUAUACAGUAAAAACUCAUACAGAUGGGACUGUCUUUAACUUACGUCUAAGUUUUGGAAAGAGAAAUGAUAAAUGUUUGAAAUUUUAAAAUGCUUUUUAUAACCUUGUUGAACUAAAUUCACUGGUAUGAGAAUAAUUGUGGAUAGGGAGGGAAAAAAAUUGAUUUAAAAGUAAGAUACGUAAAUGGUAAAAUAGUUCCACGCAGCUUCCCAUUUUUGUAAAUAGUUCACGGUCACCAAUACUUCAUUGAUAUGAACAAUGUUUAGCCCAAAAUGUUAUAACGAAUUGCCUACAUUUCGUAAUGAUAAAAUAUAUCUAUUUAAUAUUAUGUAUUAAUCAUUGAAUUACUAUUGAAUAUAGAAACACGUUGUUGACUACACGUUCGCUGUUAUACAUUUGGCAGGUUAGCUAUUAUUAUAAGACAUACCUGUGACGAAUAAUAUUCACAUGUGAUUGUAAGGCGAUAUUCUUCGAUAGUAUGACUAAGGAUUAUGACAAAGAGUCAGCUCCGUGAUUAAAUUUUAUUAUUCUUGAGUUGAAUAUAAAUUUAGGAAUAAAAUAUUGUUCGGAACUGGAUACUAAAGUACCAAAUUAUAAAAAUGAAGAAAAUUAAGAUUAAAAAGAAAAAAGAAAUGCCACAUAAGGAAACAAAGAACUAGAAAGACCACCUUAUACGUCUUUGCUCUGUACAUAUCAACAAACGAUAAUUAGCCAAGAAAAAAAAAUAAAAAUUAUCGUUCGAUCACCAAACCGUCAAAGCUAUAAUCGAAGAUCAGCAUUUGAAAGAUUCUUUGAAGACUAUUAUUUCAGCAAAUUAUACAUAUACUUUUAUAUAUACAUAUAUAUAUUUAUAUAUACAUAUUUGUGUACAUACACGGCAGCGUACUCUUUGACCUAUUUCUUGGAGCAUAGAAGAAGCUAAAUUAGGAACUAGGUCGCAUAAUUUGUGAAGACCUAACUUUGUUCCGAUUAAAGUUUUUGCUGAUGUAAUUGAAUGCUGUUAUAUAAUAAAUAAUAAGCAGGAUUAUGAAUCGUUA